AUGGAUCCAGAGAAUGAUACAAGAAUUUUGGAAUUUCUUCUAUUGGGAUUAUCAGAGGAACCAGAACUACAGUCCCUCAUAUUUGGGAUUUUCCUCUCCAUGUACAUAAUCACUGUGUGUGGGAACCUGCUCAUUAUCCUGGCCACCAUCUCAGACUCCCACCUCCACACACCCAUGUACUUCUUCCUCUCCAACCUGUCAUUUGUAGACAUCUGUCUCAUCUCCACCAUCAUCCCAAAGGUGCUGGUGAACAUCCAGACACAGAGCAAGGUCAUCACCUACAUAGGCUGCAUCACCCAGAUGUUCUUUCUCAUACACUUUAUAGUGUUAGAUGGCUUCCUCCUGUCCACGAUGGCUUAUGACCGUUAUGUGGCCAUCUGUCACCCCCUGCACUACACAGUCAUCAUGCACCCCUUGCUCUGUGUGUUGCUGGCUCUGGGGUCCUGGAUCAUGAGUGCCCUGCAUUCCUUCUUACAAACCUUUAUGACAUUGCAGCUGUCCUUUUGUAUACACACCGAUAUCCCCCACUUUUUCUGUGAAUUUAAUCAGGUGGUCCACCUUGCCUGUUCUGACACCUUUAUUAAUGACAUUGUAAUAUAUUUUGGAGCCACACUGCUGGGUGGUGGAACCUUCGCUGGGAUGCUUUAUUCUUACUCUAAGAUCGUUUCCUCCAUACGUAAAAUCUCAACAUCUCAGGGGAAGUAUAAAGCCUUUUCCACCUGUGCCUCUCACCUCUCAGUUGUCUCCUUAUUUUAUUGUACAAGUCAAGGAGUGUAUCUUAGUGCUGCUGAUAAUCAAAAUUCACACUCAAGUGCUACAGCCUCGGUGAUGUACACUGUGGUCACCCCCAUGCUGAACCCCUUCAUCUACAGUCUGAGGAAUAAAGACAUAAAGAGGGCUCUGAGAAAACUCAUUGGGAAAGAAACUACUUAG